AUGUCGUCGGGCGUCGCCAUGACACAACCGGAAGUUGGUGCGAAUGAAGGUAGAAGGCAGAGUAAUGGCAAGAGGUCCUGGACCGAGAGGAACACAAUGAAACUGGAAGCAGCUGUGUCCGGGGGUGGCCCGAGCAGUACCUGAUUGGUGAGGGAACCGCAGGGCCCGCCCACUAUGGUGUUAGCAGUGCUUGGCAGGGCAGGGGUUAACCAGUGCUGUUCAGGUCUCUGGGAGGGGAGUAGUUAAUCAUUGCUCUGCCUGUGAUGGAAAUGGAGUCUGUCAUAAAGCUCUGAAGGGUUCUGGUAGGGGUGUGUGGAAAUACUCUGACAGGGGAGGGGUUAGUCAAUCCUAUAUGGACCUCGAAAGGGUUAAUCCGGGCCAUGCAGGGUGCUGGCAGGGAAUGGGUUAAUCAGGGCCAUGCAGGGUGCUGGCAGGGAAUGGGUUAAUCAGGGCCAUGCAGGGUGCUGGCAGGGAAUGGGUUAAUCAGGGCCAUGCACGGUGCUGGCAGGGUAUGGGUUAAUCAGGACCAUGCAGGGUGCUGGCAGGGAAUGGGUUAAUCAGGGCCAUGCAGGGUGCUGGCAGGGAAUGGGUUAAUCAGGGCCAUGCAGGGCUGGCUGCCAUGCACGGUGCUGGCAGGGUAUGGGUUAAUCAGGACCAUGCAGGGUGCUGGCAGGGAAUGGGUUAAUCAGGGCCAUGCAGGGUGCUGGCAGGGAAUGGGUUAAUCAGGGCCAUGCAGGGUGCUGGCAGGGAAUGGGUUAAUCAGGACCAUGCAGGGUGCUGGCAGGGAAUGGGUUAAUCAGGACCAUGCAGGGUGCUGGCAGGGAAUGGGUUAAUCAGGGCCAUGCAGGGUGCUGGCAGGGAAUGGGUUAAUCAGGGCCAUGCAGGGUGCUGGCAGGGAAUGGGUUAAUCAGGGCCAUGCAGGGUGCUGGCAGGGAAUGGGUUAAUCAGGGCCAUGCACGGUGCUGGCAGGGUAUGGGUUAAUCAGGGCCAUGCAGGGUGCUGGCAGGGAAUGGGUUAAUCAGUGCCAUGCACGGUGCUGGCAGGGUAUGGGUUAAUCCGUGCCUGCUGACAGGGAAUGGGUUAAUCAGUGUCAGGCAGGGAAUGGGUUAAUCAGUGCCAUGCAGGGUGCUGGCAGGGAUUGGGUUAAUCAGUGCUUUGCAAAGCUGGCUAGAGGAUGUGCAAUGCUUUGUCUGGCAGGGCAGUGGUUAAUGCUCUGCAGCCAUUUGUUAUGGGUGUUGUUAAUCAAUGCUCUGCAAAGGUCUAACAAGAUGGCUAAUUAUUGUUCUGCAGGAUUUUAAAAUGAGGGUUAUUGGUGUUCUGCAGGUAUAUGCCAAGGAAGUUGUUUAAUUACAGCUCUGCAGAAGCAUAGUGAUUUGUUGAUUGAAAAGGGGGGAAAACAGUCCUCCAUGUCUUCUGCAUUGGGCAGACUAGUUAUGCAAUUCAUUAUGUAUUCAGGGUUAUGUGGGCACUUGAAAGGGUUUAUGUGUUUUGUUUUUUUCUUGUGACAGAUACAAUGAAUAAAUAUGUUUUUUGUUUUGUUUCAGAGAGAAGCUGGAUGGCGCAGUCUGACCUAGGCUCUCGUCCCCUAGUGGAGGAUUUUGUACGCUAUAAACUUUACCAGCGUGGCCUAGUUUCUGAGCCCGUUGGAGCACCAUCCUGUGCUCUACAUUCAGCCAUGCGUGCUGCUGGUGAUGAAUUUGAGGAACGUUUCCGUCAGGCCUUCAGCGAAAUAUCCACACAGAUCCAUGUUACACCUGGUACCGCAUACACACGUUUUGCAGAGGUGGCAGGUGGCCUAUUCCAAGGUGGGGUGAACUGGGGUCGAGUGGUGGCAUUCUUUGUGUUUGGAGCAGCUCUCUGUGCAGAAAGUGUCAACAAGGAGAUGUCACGACUUCUACCACAAAUCCAAGAGUGGAUGGUGAUCUAUCUCGAGACACACCUGAGAGACUGGAUGCAAAGCAACGGGGGAUGGGUGAGGAAUUCCCCCUGUUCUAUUCAUGCAUGCAUGCAGUACAAAUUCCCAGGGAAGAUGAUGCACACCAAUUGACAUCAUUCUGUUUAUAUGCUUCUCUUAUUAUGAUAGAAAAUCCCCUUAAUAUGCAUUUCCAUCCCAGUUAUUUGCCACUUGUGACUGUCUUUUUAUCUUUCAGAAUGGAUUUCUGGCUCUAUAUGGAGACGGCGCUAUAGAGGAGGCUCGAAGACAGCGUGAGGGGAACUGGGCUUCUCUGAAGACCAUCUUGACUGGAGCAGUUGCCCUGGGAGCUCUGAUGACAGUGGGAGCUCUGUUUGCCAGCAAGUAA